AUGGACCCCCUCCAGAUUGAACAACUACACAAGGGCCUCUUUGCCAAAAUCGCGUUGGAUUACUCCAAUGCUGCGUGCAUCGCGCUCUGGGCAAGUCAUUUCAUGUUGCCAGUGACGGAGUGUCUCAUCUGGUCUCAGGUCACAGAUUACUUUGCGAUGCUUCCUUUGGAGACGAAAGCACGGAGGCAGGUCGCGUGUGUCUGGUCUAAGCCACUCAGCAAAGUAAACAGUCUAUACUUCAUCCUGAAGUACAUGCCAGCACUCCAUCUCCCGUCCCUGCUCUUGCAAGGCGUCGCGCUAUCAAUUCCAAUGGAGAUGUGCCAACCACUGUUCAUUGCCAAUAGCGUCAUUAUACCAUUCAUACUCCUAGCCGUCCUCUUCCUCCGAAUACAUGUCCUUGGACAGUCUAAACCUCUGACAAUCUACCUUGUUGCCCAUUACAUAAUUUCGAACUUUGCCAUCUUCGCACUGUCUGCCAAGUUCUACACUACCGUCGAAGCGGCUCCGUUUCGCCCCCGCGAGCGCUUUGGAUGUACCUCCCUGAUAGCAGACGGAAACUUCACUUCGAUCAUCUAUGCAAUCAUUCUGUUCAACGAGCUGGUCAUGGCGUUCCUUACCCUUUUCCUCGCCUACCGCAAAUACAUGGCGUCAAGCUCGACACCGAUAAUGCGCAUAUUUCGUCGCGACGGAACAUUCUACUUCAUUACACUCGCAGUUAUUUCCACUGCAAACAUCCUUGUCAAUCGCCUUCAUCCUGAUAGUAUUCCAUCCUCCUUGCCGUGUAGGUCCCCCUCUUCUCACCCCGAAACAUUGCUUGAUCGCAACACUGGCCAGGAUCCAAUAUACCCUCCACAAUGUCUUCACAACCAGGAUGAUCCUUCACCUUCGGAUGACCACAAGGCAAAGCGAACAUCCUGA